CCUCCUUGCAUGUGGGAGAAAGCAUUAUCUAAUUGAGGAUUAAGACGGCCAAGAUGCGUUUUGGGCACAUGUUUUUGCAGGAGGACGGUUGAACAGAAUUAGGUGAAGUGUAGUUGGGUUUAAUUAUGGUUUCAAGCCAAGGUUUUCUUGCUAAUCUUUGCAUGGAACUGUUCAACUAAACCCACAAACAUAAAUUCCCAUACAUUCGAAUAACUCUUAUUUCCAGAAUUCGUAAUGGAUAAUGGAGAAACUCCACCAUUGCCGACUGUAGAAGAUGUUUUAAACUUCAAGCCCUUACUUCCAUUAACUUCACUGCUUCCUCCGAUGGCAACUGACCAACUUGGACAGGACUCUCAAUUUGGUUCUGAUAUUGAUUGGAUUAGCCUCCUCUCCGGUUCCUUCAAAAUCGGUGAUCAAAAUCCCUCACCACCAACGGCCGCCAGAGAUGGUGAGAAUGUAGGCAAAAACAAGAAGAAGGGUGGCAGGGCCAAGAAUGCUAUGCCACCGAGAAUUGCAUUUCAUACCAGGAGUGUGGAUGAUAUUCUUGAUGACGGUUAUAGGUGGCGAAAAUAUGGACAAAAGGCCGUGAAAAACAGCGUCCACCAAAGGAGCUACUAUCGCUGCACGCAACAUACCUGCAAUGUAAAGAAACAGAUCCAGAGGCUGUCAAAAGAUUCAAGCAUCGUAGUGACAACAUACGAAGGCAUGCAUAACCAUCCUUCCGAGAAAGUAAUGGAAAGCUUAAGCCCCCUUCUAAGGCAGUUGCAGUUCCUAUCUAGAAUUUGACUCUGGCAUUGUCUCCAUCGUACGUGACUCAGCUGAAACAUCAUUUGGCUGUAGCCUGUAGGAGGGAAAAUUGGGAGGAUGUAGAAUGUAGGGUAGUGAAAGAUACUUUUGUUUGAUACAACGGAAAAGUGAAAGGACUGAACUUGAAUUGGACCCGAA